AUGGUGGUCUCUGACCCCCAGAUCUUGAAGCACAUCCUGAGGGAAAAAGUCUUCAACUAUGACAAGGGUGUGUUGGGUGAGGUCUUGGAGGAUGUCAUGGGCAAAGGCUUGAUCCCUGCAGAUUUUGAGACCUGGAGAGUUCGGAGAAAGGCUAUCGUGCCUGGCUUCCAUCAAAAGUGGCUCAACUUCCAGGUCUCGGAAUUUGGCCGGGCUGGGGAGCUCUUGGUGACCACGCUGAAGCAGGCUGCAAGUACAGGCAAAACCAUCGACAUGGAAGAGCGUUUUGGCUCGGUGGCUUUGGACAUCAUUGGCAAGUCCGUUUUCAACUACGAGUUUGGCUCUGUGGAAGGUGAAAGCCCCAUCGUGAAAGCGGCAAUUCAGUCCUUGAGGGAGGUGGAGCAUCGGGCGCAAACGCCUUUCCAGUACUGGAAACUCCCAUUGACGGAUCUUCUGAUCGAGCGUCAGCGCGACUUCAAUCAGAUCCUGGGACGCAGCGUUGCCUUUGCUUGGGGCGCCCAGCCAAGGGGCCAAGGGGAUAGUGCUGCGCAUUGCUGCGCGCUGGAGGCUUUAGCUGAUCGAAAGGAAGCAGACUUGGAAGAGUUGGAGAAUCGAGAUUACGAGAAGUGGCUCCUGGCACAGUUGCGGAUGGCGGCGUAUACUGGAGAGUCCAGCAAGGAUUUGUGCCGCUACUGCGAAGCAGUUCUUGGCAAGAGGCAUUUGAAUCCACGUCACCAGUGUCGCCUGUGCAAUGCCUUGGUUUGUGGCUCCUGUUCACCAAAUAUGGUGCAGCUGGAUCCAGGUGCAUCUCCUCAACGUGUUUGCAAUUCUUGUGUAGCCAUUCUUCCACAGCAAUCUGAUCUCGCGCAAAGGCUCGAUCGACUUGCACGACACUUGCGAUUGCAAGCAGGACAUGAGGAGGCGGAUCCAUUGGAGUCGUCCAGCAACGUAGAGGAUGCGCUACGGAGGUGCGAGUCGCUAGAGUCGAUGUUGGCGGAGGAGCGCAUGCGCUUGUUGUCAAAGGUGGAGGAGGCUUGGGACGAUGCUGUGGAUGGCUUGGUGGAUGGAACAUUGAUGUGA